AUGGAUGAAAGACAUUGGUGGAUUGCUGGAAAAAUCCAAGAAAGCUUUAAAAUUGGCGGUUAUGACAAUCCUACUUUAUUGGAAGACUUCAUGUGUGAAGAGACCACACUGAGUUUGAUUAACAAAUUUUUAAGAUCAGGAGGACCAUGUCGUUUAUUUUUCUAUUGCGAAAGGCCCGAAAAUGGGUUAUUGUCCACAAGAGAACUCCAUUCUACAGGAAAUUUGGCUGCUUUAAAAGAUGUGGAGUUGGAUAGUGUCACAAUUUUGUACUUUUUACGUAACAAAACUGAAAAAGAUGUUGAUCCAUCACGAAUGGAAAGAGACAUAUUCUGCGGUGAACUGAAACAUAACACAAUAGAAACAUUAAAUACAUUAUUGUCAGAUAUCUACAUACCUCUUAUAAGAGCACAAAAAGAUUGGGGACAGUGCAAUGAAGAAGGUCAAUCAAAUUUGAUUCAGAACAUGGACAAAUUUGUCACUGCUUUAAAUGAAACGACAGCAUCCAUGCAUUCCUCCAAACAAUUGAUGUUGAAAUUACCUGAGAAUAUUGUAUUGAAUGAUUUUAAACUUCAAAGAGCUGCAGCAUUAGAUAGUCAGAUUAUAGGUGAUUAUGAAGAGCUAGUGACAGAUUGGAUGAAUACAAUAGAGACUAUAAUAGUCGAUACAUCAGAUGAAAGAUUUAUGGAUCCUAAUGCUGGUCCCUUAUCAGAAUUAGAAAGAUGGCGUAGAAGACAAAGACUAUUAACAAGUUUAACCGAACAAUUAAAAUCCAAGGAAUGUAAAGCCGUGAUUGGUGUAUUAAUUACUGCUAAAUCUCGACUAUUACGUCGAUGGAAAAUUAUAGAUGUUGGUAUAACAGAUGCUAUGAACGAUACCAAAGAUAAAGUGAAAUACUUAGAAUCUUUGAGACGUCAUUUUGAUCAGCUGUACAAUGAUGCCACACCUCAUUCGAUUAUGAAUACAGCUAUACCAGGACUUACUAAUAGUAUUAAACAAAUGGAAUCUAUAUCCAGAUAUUAUGGUCGUGUUGGAUUUCUGGGUAUAGUUUUAGCUAAAGUAACCAAUCAAAUAGUAUUAGCUUGUAAAGAACAUAUUAAAGAAUGUACUAUGAAUAUAGUAGAAGAUGAAGAUUAUUUAUGGAAGAAAGUAUCAACAGAAAUUAACAGAGAUAAUUUAAACAUGACUGAUCCACAACAAAAAUUACUACGUAGUCAAAUUGAAUCGAAACUAAAGGGAGCUAGAAGUAAAGGAAAAGAAAGUAAAGAUAUUGGAGUAAUAGAUAAAAGUUUAUAUGGUAGAUUAAGAUCAUGUCUAACACUACAGAGUUUUUAUAGAGAAGCUUUACGAUCAUUACGGGAUUCAUUAGGCAAUGUUACCAAUCUGUCUCAUUUCUCCUCUGUUAGUAGUUUUGUUGGUGCUAGUUUAAUGUCCAGUCGCAGUAAACAGACAACAGCUACCAGUAUGUCCAGACCUACUCUCUCACCUUCUAAGAAAACUCUAUCAUUAUUUGGUGAUAAUGUUGGACAUGGUGUACCACUAACAGAUGAAGAUGCUAUCUUGUCCCAUUUUGACAGUUUCUGUGGUAGAAUUAGACAGUUGUUAGAUGUGAUGAACACUAUGUCUCAAUAUUCUAGAAUGGUAUCAGUGUCCACUGGUAUACCUAGACCAAGAAAGGAAGAUUUAGUGAUAGAAGAACCUGAACAAGAUGAGAAAUAUAGGUAUAAAAAGGAAGCUCAAGAAAAGAAAGCUCAAGAGUUAAAAGAAGAAUACAGUAAAACACCAGUGUUAGAUUUAAAUAUUGAUAGAAAUCAACUAGGUGCAAUAGCUGAAGAUGAAGAAACUAUUGAUGAUGAUAAAAAAGAAGAGGAAGGCAAGAAAAUCUCCCACAAUGAUCAUGGAGAUGAGAUAUUUGAUGUAGUCAACACUAAAAAUGGUCUUACUGAAGAAGAACUUGCAAUUAUUCGUCGAUAUUAUAAUGAAGAUGAUGAAGAUGAAGGACCUAGUAUUAGUAGUAUAAUAGAAGAACAAGUGUCCAACAUGACUAAGUCUAUGAGUGAAAAUGUCACCACUAAAACUCUGCUAGAUGUUGAAUCAAAGGAUAAAGAGAAAUUUGAUCAUCAUUAUAAUAGUUACAUAAAUAUUGUACAAGAAUUAGAGAAGUUUCUAGCAGCCUAUAUGCAUGCUAUAUUUGUUAGAAAGAUGAAAACACAACAAGGAUUAGAGAUCAUUACAAAGUUUGCUCCCAUUCAGAGUCGACCUGGUAUAAGAGGUACUAUUUCUGAUAAAUUUGUAGAAGUUUUUAAUUGGUAUGAAUCAGAUUUAGAAGAUGUUCAGAAAAUUUAUGAGAAAAAUAAAGAUCAUCCAUUGACAGUACGUAAUGCACCACCAGUAGCUGGAGCCAUCUAUUGGUCACGUCAAUUAUUAAAACGUAUAGAAGAUCCAAUGAAAGUAUUUCGAGAUAUUAAAGCUGUCACUCAGUUAACAGAGUAUGGUAGAAUAGUUAGGAUUUAUAACAGACUAGCUACAGCUCUAGUUACAUUUGAAAGUCUCUGGUUUACCCAGUGGAAGAACAGAAUAGAUCUAGCUAAAAGUGGUCUGAGAGCUACAUUAUUUGUCUAUCACCCUGAUACUAAUGAAGUUGUUGUCAACUCUGAUGAGAGAGUAUUAGAGUUAAUACAUGAAGCUAAAUGGUUAACAAGAUUAGAUAUACAGAUACCAGAAUCAGCUAUGAAUAUAAUGCAGCAAGAAGAAAGAUUUAAAAGUUAUAAAGGACAUUUAGAAUUGGUAUUAAAUGAAUAUAGAUCAGUUUGCGAGUCUAUACCUGAAUCUUUACGUGAUUUAUUUACACCACAUAUAGAGAAUGUACAACAACAAUUACAGCCUGGUCUUAAUACACUAGCUUGGAAUAGUAUGAAUAUUGAUGCUUUCCUACAUCAGAUACAUACAGCUACUAGUAAACUACAGAAUUUAGAGGAGAAAGUCAACGAAUUAAUGGAUAAUAAAGUACUAGGUGUUAUUGGUACUAUUAGUCAAUUUUAUCUAUAUGAUAGUCAACUAGCAUUUUCUCAAACAUGGUCACCAGUCGAGUUCCGAGAUAAAAUGUUAGAAGGUAUAGAGGAUAGAUCUCAACAGCUACAUCAAUAUGUACAGACAGUAGUAGAAGGUUUACAGAGUGUGGCUAACUUACUCAGUACCAAAAAGAAAAUAAACGGCACUGAUAGUAAGAAAAAGGGUGAAUCAGGUAGAAAUAAAGAUAAAAAGAUGAUGUUAAUUAUUGAUGAGGAAGAAGUACAGAGAGAGAAAGAGAAAGCUGUAUUAGAGGAAGCUUUAGUUUAUAAACUCAUAGCAUAUUACCAUGAUCAAGUCUAUGAAGCUGUAUUGAGUUCUGUCUGUAGAUCAUUAUCAACAUUAGCUGAUGCUUCAGGCUGUACAGUAGAACAACUCCGACCUAUUACACCAGGAUCAACUUUCUCCAGUGAGGGUACAAUAUCACCUCGCCCUGGUAGUAGACGAGAUACACCCUAUAGUCGAUUAGGAUCAGCUCUAUCAGACCGACCUGAUACCGGUAUGUCUAUGUUAUCUAAUAUGACAUGGUCUGGUGAUAGUAAAGAUCCUUCAGAAGUUACACAUUUACAGUUUGAAAUUCAAGUCAAAUUUAAUAUACCUAAUAUAAUAGUAGAGCCAGAAUUAAAUGUGGUACAGAAAGCUAUUACUGAUGUCUCUAAUGCUAUAAUGCAGGCUAAUAAAAAUAUAAGCUGGUUAGGUAGUCAUGGUGAUGAAGAAUUUUAUCCUGAGAUAUCAACUGAUGAUACAGUGAUACAAUUACAACAACAGUUAUCUUCUGUUAUAGAAGAACUAGAAAACUACGUUCAUAAACAUCUGUAUCACUUUAGUUACUAUAAUUUUCUAUGGAAAGAUGAUAUGCAUGGUAAUUUCCAUGAAUUUAUUGCUGCGGACCCUGGUAUUGUUGCUAUCAAGAGAGAAGUGGAGAGAUUUCUAUCUAUAGAGAAGAAAGUAUUGAAUAUACCCACUAUAUUACCAGUUGGAUCAGUCUGUCUCUAUACAGACCCUAUUAAAGAUGCUCUUCAUGGAUUUGCUAUGGCGUGGAAAACUAAAUUUGCUACAGUUCUACAUGAAGAAGCGAAGAAAAAGUUGGACAGUGCAGUAAGUUAUAGAGAGAAUGUGAAGAAGAGAUUAGAACAAUUUGUACAAUCAUUAGAUCAGUUAAACAGUUCAUUACAUCUAUUAGAAGAUCUACGUGAUAUGGAAAAUAAAAUAGAUGCUGUUUAUUUACCUAUUGAAACUAUGUACUCUAAACUAAGAGAAUUUGAGUUACGUUUACCACGUAAUGAGGUAGAACAAGUUGAUGAAUUAAGAGAGAAAUGGCAAGAAUUGAUAGAAUUAGCUGAUCAAGUUCGAGAAGUAUUAUUAAAGGAAAGGAGAGGAGCAUUUGAACAAGAACUAGAUAAACAAGUCAAGACAUUUGUAGUAGAAGUCAUACAGUUCCGAAAUGCAUUUGAUGCACAAGGACCAGCAGUUCCUGGUAUCCCACCAGCUGAAGCUGUAUCUAGAUUACAAGACUUCCAGAAUAGAUAUACCCAGUAUGAUGCCAAACGAAAGACUUUAGAUUCUGUCUCCAAAUUAUUUGGUAUUCCAUGUAAACCAUUCCCUGAAUUAGACAAAACAGGCGAGGAAUUAGAUUUAUUAAGUCAGCUGUAUGGAUUGUUCCAGAAGUUUAUUAAAUUUGACAAUAAAUUUAGAGAUACGUUAUGGGCUGAUGUUGAUCUAGAAGCUGCUUCAAUGGAGACUGAGACCUACUGGGAUGAAUGUUUAGCUCUACCAAGUAAACUCAAAGAUUGGGAUGCCUAUAAUGAUUUAAAAACUAAACUACAAACAUAUCUAGAAGUAUUUCCUCUACUACAUAAUCUUGCUUCAAAGAAAAAAGAUGAACAUUUUCAACUCACUGAAAUAAGAAAUCGUCAUUGGUUACAAGUGAUGCAGGUGACAGGAAGUUCAUUCCAGUUAGAGGCUAAUGUAUUUAAAUUAUGUCAUCUAUUAGAUAUUGAAUUAAUCAAAUAUAAAUCAGAAAUAGAAGAUAUCUGUCGUGGUGCUAGUAGAGAAUUAGAACUUGAAAUUAAAAUGAGACAGACAGAAGAAGAAUGGACAGAACAAGUCUUGAAUUUUGAACAUUACAAAAAACGUGGCCCCAUGUAUUUAGAUAAAGCAUUUACUGAGCGUUUAUUGGAGCAGUUAGAAGAUGCUCAAGCUCUGUUGGCUGGUAUGUUAACAUCAAGAUAUAUUGGUCCAUUACGAGAUGAAGCUGCAUCUUGGGCUGAGAAAUUAAAAGAAGUGGCAGAAGUAUUAGAGUUGUGGUUAGAAGUACAAGAUGUAUGGCAGUAUCUAGAAGCUGUUUUUAGCAAUUCUCUAGCUGUUAAAGAGUUGCCUCAAGAAGCCAAGAGAUUUUCUAGAAUAGAUAAAGGUUGGACUAAGAUGAUGAAAAGAGCCUUUGAUACCAGAAAUGUUCUUCAAUGUUGUUACGGUGGAGAAGUACCUAAAGGGGUUGUAUUAAGACAUAUGCAAGAAGAGUUAGAGAUCUGUUUUAAAUCAUUAGUUAUAUAUUUAGACAAUAAAAGAAAAGCCUUUCCCAGGUUUUAUUUUGUCUCUGAUACUAUAUUAUUAUCUAUAUUAAGUCGACCAAAUGAUCUGGAGUCUGUUAGACCUCACUUACGAUCUAUCUUCAGUCAGAUACAUGAUGUUAAACUGGAGAAAUGUGGUGAUAAUAAUAAUGAUGAUGAUAGCGAUGAAGUAUUAAGUUCUGGUAGGAAAACAUCACCUCGUACCCGUACACCUAGUAUUAUAUCACCAUUAUCAGCACGUACCAAUACACCACCCAAAAUAGAUAAACGUCUAGCACAAGUACACAGUUUAAAUCCAGCCUCACUACAGAACAUACCUACUAUGUUACCAUCAGAAGGACUAGUAGAUGAUGUUAUUAUAAUGGAUGCUAAAGCUGUACAUAGUUCUGAUGGAGAAACAUUAAUUUUACAAGAUCAGGUAACAUUAACUGAUGGUGUAGAAAGUUGGUUGUAUAAGUUAAAAGAAUCAGUAGGUAAAACUCUACACCAGAUGAAUCUAAGUAUUAUCAAUGAUUGUAAUAGUGGUAUAGCAAUGGAUGAAUGGGCUUCUAAGUACCCAGCUCAAGUAUGUCGUAUGGGAAUGUUAUAUCAUUGGACUAAAGAAUGUGAAACUGGUAUUAGUGAAGUAAAAUAUGAUCGUAAAGCACUACAGGGUACACUGAGGAAAUAUGUCUCCCAUACCAGUAAACUAUCCUCUAUUUUAUCACGUGGAGCUUGGAAGGGUAUUGAUGAAGCAAUGUUACCUGUACAUAAAGGUCGUUUAGAAUGUAUGGUAGCUCAAUCUCUGUUCUUACGAGAUAUUCUAGAGAAUCUAUCUAGCAGAAAGUUACGAGAAGUUACAGAUUUUGAAUGGAGAAGAAGUAUUAGAUGUUAUUUACAUCCUGUUGACGACAAACCAGAGCCAUUAAUAUGGAUAUUAGAUAAUAGUUAUGAUUAUGGUAAUGAGUUCUAUGGUAGUGAUAUAGGUGUAGCAUUAACACCAUUAACAGAGAGAUGUUUCUUAACUAUGUCCCAAGCUUUAAAACAAUACCAUGGUAGUUCUAUUACUGGUCCAGUUGGAGUCGGAAAAACAGAAACAGUCAAGGGUUUGGCAAACAUCCUAGGCAACUUUCUUGGAAUGUUCCACUGUUCUACAACGUUCAACCCUGGAAGUCUAGGCAAAAUAGUACAAGGCUUAGCCAUGGAUGGUUGUUGGGGUUGUUUUGAUGAAGCUCAGAAUUUAAAUAGUGAAGCAAUAGCUGUAUUAAUGGAAUGUGCUCAGAAAGUCUUGUUAUCAUUAAGAUCUAGUAUAUUAACAACUAGUCUCAUGGAAGGACAGGAUUCUUAUGGAAGGACAGGAUGUAAGUAUACAGUGCUAUCAUUACGAUCUAGUAUAUUAACAACUAGUCUUAUGGAAGGACAGGAUAUCUAUAUCAAGACAACUGUCGGAUUAUUUAUGACAGUUAACCCAGACGUAACACCACCUCGUUGUUCCCUACCUAAUGAACUACGCUCUAGUUUCCGUACAGUAUCAUUAAUACGACCAGAUAUUGGUCAGAUAUUAAAAUGUAAAUGUUCAGCUUUAGGAUUCCGGGCUCCUGGUAUAUUAGCUAAUAGACUCAAAGUUUUAUCAGAAUUGGUUAAAGAUCAGUUACCACAUGAGUUCCACUAUCAUUUCACCAUAUCAUCUCUAGUUGGAGUAUUAAAGAGAGCUUGUCAGAAACGAAGAUAUCUGAGAGAUGAGAAAUCAACAGAAAAAGAUAAACGUGAAGAAUCAAGAUCAGAAAGUGUAGCCUCAGAAGCUACAGUUAAACUCAAUAUGCCAUUACAAUCUAGUGGACCAAGUGGUAUGGGAAGUCUAGCUAAAUUACCAGGUCAGGCUCAGACACGUAAAGCUGGUACACCUAAUCCAAUGACUGCUGCUGGUAAAUUAGAUCAUUCAGUAGUCUGUAAUACUAUAGAGGAGGUGUUAGGACCUAGGAUGACUGCUACAGAUCUAGCUCAGUUUAAAGUGAUAUUAAAAGAAGUAUUUAAUGGUUUACCUGAAGUACCUACAACUAGAAAUGUUCUCUCAGCUAAAUCUCGAGGAUUUGAUCUAGAAGUAGCAUUAGAAAAUAAAGCAGCAGAUUCAGGAUUAAUAGCCACCAAACCUUGGAUUAAUAGAUGUGUUCAGUUACAUAAUCUAUCACAAGUUUCUAAUGGUAUUAUAGUGGCUGGUGCUCCAGGUAGUGGUAAAUCAACCUGUAUACAGACAUUAGUAGAUGCUCUAUGUGUACAACCUCGUGGACUCUCUAGACAAUCACAUAUAUCUAAUCGCAGUAAUACCAGUAAACCCAUUGAAACUAACCAUAAAUUAUUACGUAUUAAUCCACUAGUUGUGGAUGAUUCAUCAUUAAUGUUUGGAUAUUUGAAUCAGAAUAAUGAUUGGGUGGAUGGUAUUUUUACGUCUGCUUGUAAAAAAGCUAAUAGGAAUAUGAGCACUACAUGGUUAUGUUUAGAUGGACCACUGAUACCAAGUUGGGCUGAUAAUUUCAAUAGUGUUUUAGCUGGAGAAAAGGUGUUACAUUUAAAGAAUGGUGAUAAGUUAUUCCUAUCUGAUAAUGUUAUAUUGUUAUUUGAAACUGAUAGUCUAUGUGAUAGUUCACCAUCUACUAUAGCCAGAACGGGUAUAGUGUAUCUAGAUAAAGAUGUUGUAGGUUGGAAACCAAUAGCUAAAGCAUGGUUAGAGAAUAGAACACAACAAGAAGCUCAUGUAUUACAAAGAGCUUUCCAGAAAUGUUUAGAUCCUAUCAUCAACUUUGUUUUCCAUGAUUGCAAACCCAAAUUAAAACUUUGUGAAGUAGGACUGUUUAAGACCUGUCUAGGAUUGCUAUCAGCUAUGUUAGCAGAUAAUAUAGAAAUUGGUGGUGAAAUGCAUAUAGAGAGAAUGUUUUUGUUUUGUUUGAUAUGGACAUUUGGUGGACUAUUAGAUCAACAUGAUAGAAAAGCUUUUAGUGAUUUAUUAAAAACAUUGUCAUCAGCAUUACCAGAUGAUGACCAUGAUAUCAGUGUAUUUGAUUAUUAUGUUGAUGAAUCUGGAGAAUGGGAUCCCUGGCAUUCAAGAGUACCAGAAGCUGUGUUUGUUGAUAAUCAAGAUAUGUUAGGUGAAGUCUUCAUUGAUUCUGUUAACUCAAUAAGAACUAGAAUAUUGAUGGAGUUUGCUGCAGCUUCUGGUCAGAAUGUACUACUAGUAGGACCACAUGGUUCAGGAAAAACUAGUUUAAUCAAUGAGUUCAUAGAUCUUCAAGAUCAACAAACAACAAUAUGUAAACGUUUGGUAUUUUCUGGUGCCUCUACAGCUAGUCAAUUACAACAAUUUAUAGAAUCUAAUAUUUAUCAUAGACAAGGAUUUGUGUAUGGAGCAAGAGAUAAUAAGAAAUUAAGAGUGUUUAUAGAUGAUGUUAAUUUACCAGUACCAGAUGAUUAUAAUGUACAGAGAUCUAAUGAGUUAUUACGUCAAUUGUUAGAUGAGAAGGUAUUGUGUACACUACAGAAACCAUUUGAAUGGAGAUCUAUAGAGGGUUUAACAGUAUUGUCAGGAAUGGCGCUAAGUGAUUAUCCUGGUUUUAACAAUAGAACUAUAUCAGAACGACUACUGCGCCAUUUUGCUGUAUUCCAUCUACCAGCACCACAAGAUGAAGCUUUGAAGUCUAUUGUUAAUGGUAUAUUAGAUUCCAAUAUGACAGAUCAAGAUGCUACUGGUCUAGAUUUAGAUCUACAUAACGGUUUAGUUCAGGCAUCGUGUGAAUUAUUAACAGAAAUACAGAGUGUAUUAAGACCUACACCAAUGCCAGGCCGAUAUCACUAUCUCUUCACAUUAAAAGAUAUUACUAAAUGUUUCCAGUGUUUACAAAGACUUGCUGAUGAAAGUAAAGCUGAUGAUCUGAUGGUAAUAUCACUAUGGAAACAUGAAACACAGAGAAUAAUGAGAGAUAGAAUCUGUAGAACUUCAGAUUUGAAUUGGUUUGAUGAUAAAUUAGAUAAACUUAUUGAAAAGAUAUUCCCUAAACUGGAGGGCAAUCUUCAUGAACAUUUUGUAACAUUUCCCAUAGAUUCCAGAAUGUAUCAAAGACCAAUGACGUCUGCUCCAAGUAAACAGAUAAAAGUAAACUUACAACCAAUAGAUAAACUAAGUGAUAUACAUACUUGUUUAAAUAGUCAUUUAACACGGUAUAAUGAAGAGUUUGGUAAUGUAAGAUUAGAUAUAAUGUUAUCUGACUAUGUUAUAGCUCAUGUUGUUAAAAUGCAUCGAAUUCUGAGCUUCCACCAUGGUGGUAACAUGUUAUUAAUUGGAGCUGUGGGAUGUCAUCUAUCUACUCUAUGUAAAUUAGCAUUACAUGUAGCUAAUAUUGGUAUACAUAAAGUAGAUAACAGUAAACAGAGUAGUUUCUUUGAUGGUUUAAGAUCAGCUGUUAGAAUGAGUGGUUCAGAAAACAAGAUUAUAACAUUAUUAUUUACGUCCCGAGAUCUAAGUGAACCAGUAUAUUUAGAUGCUAUAAAUAGUUUAUUAAUUAGUGGUGAAUAUCCUCAUCUAUUCUCUAAUGAUGAAAUGGAAGGCCUUCUCCAGGCAAUACAUCCAGCCAUGAAGAGAGAAUUCCCCACUAUGUCUGUUGAUCCUAUGAAAUAUUUUGUAUCCAGAGUCAAGUGUAAUUUACAUAUUAUAUUAUGUUUACCACCAAAUUAUACUUUACUACAAUCAGCAUCAGAAUUAUAUCCUGGUAUAUUAAAUGGUUGUCAAAGUAUCUGGAUGUGUGACUGGCCGCAUGAAGGUUUAAUGGGUGAAGCAUCAUACUUUAUCACCAAACAUCAACUUACUGAGGAAUUUGAAAAUCUGAGUGUUGGGGUAACAAGUUGCCUGGCCAAUAUACAUAGUUUUGUAUUACGUGACUGCAAACAGAUGCCAUGGGCUGGUGAACUAGGACCAGAUAUUAAUAUGACUAUGUUCCGAGUCAAUGAAAAGAAGAAAGAUCAGUUGAAAUUAAGUACAGUAAAAGUUCCUAAUCUACCUUAUUCUAAACUGAUCUUACAAGAACGUAUCAAAUUAAAUCAUAGAGAUAAUGAGAAUCCUGGUAAAAAUGAAGUAUAUGUUGGACCUACUACCUAUCGUAGAUUUAAAGAAUCAUUCCGAUGGUUAUAUAAUAUCAAAUCUAAAGAAAGAACACAAGUGGUAGAACAACUCAAAAAAGUUUUAGGAACUCUAGAUCAAACCAGAGUUGAUUCUAAAAUUAUGAAGAAAGCUAUCAAAUCAACUAAUGUAAAGUUUGAUGAUGCUAGAAAGAAUACAGCUAAUUUACUCCAUCAGCUAACAAUGAAAGCUACAGUUCUAGAGAAACUGAAAGCUAAAGUAGGGCUUAGUAAAUCUCUGAAUGCUUAUCUACAUCUGACUGAAUUAGAAGCUGAUGAAAUUGAAGAGGAUGAACUCUUAAAACAAGAAGAAUAUGAUGAUUAUGAUGCAGAGUUUGAUAAAAUGAGAGAAGCUAAUUUAAAAACUAGACAUAUUCAAGCUAAAGAAGAAUAUACGCUAGCUGUUAAAGCUGUAGAAGAUUGUAAACAUAGAUUAGAACACAGUAAAUCUCAGGUAACAGAAUGGAAGAAUAAGAUAGAUAGAUCAUGUAUAGAAACUAUAAGAUCUAUGUCUAAUCCACCAAUGUUAGUGGGACAGGUGAUGGAGAUGGUGAUGACAUUGAUUGGUAAACGUCUACCAUCACAGAGAAUAGUAGAAGUUCGCGAACAUACCGGCAAGGAAGACAUGUCAAGUAGGAUAUCUUCUAGUUCUAGUAGUACUAAACAUCUAGUUAAAAAAUCUAAACAGAAAGAAGGAGAAAGGUUUGAUAGAUCUGUUUGGAAGGGAAUGUUAUUAACUAUGAGUGAUUCUGUCAAGUUUGUUGAUAUGGUACGCAAUGUACCCUGGGAAGAUGGUUUACCAGAAGAUGUCCUCAGAGCUGUUGAGAGUUAUUUAGCUAUCAGUAAAGAUGGUCAACUAGGAGUAUAUGGUGAUGCCUCAAUGUUAGAUACAUCAGAUAAACAUAAACGCACCCCAUCACCAGAUGGUAGACAAGCUGGUAUUACUAUUGCAGCUGCUAAAUAUUCUAAUGAAGACUGUGCUACUUUAGUUAAUUAUAGUAUAGCUAUCGUAGAGUACUGUCGAUUGUGUUCACCAUUGAAGGCAGCUAAAGAACGUCAACAAGAGCUAGCAAGAGAAAUAGAAGAAAAUGAAAGAAAACAACGUCAACAAGAAGAAGAACCUGAAAAUGAUGAUCAGCCUAAUGCAGUAGAUGAAAAUCUAACUGAAGAUGAUUUACCUAGAAUACAAGAAGAAGAAAAUGGUUUGCAACGUAAAUUUGAUGAGGCAGUGAUGGAAAAACAUUCUCUAGAAAUGGAAUUACAAUCUAUGAAUGAGAGGUUAAAAGCUGCUACUGAACUGGUUGAAAGUUUAAAGGGACAAGAAGAAGAAUGGAGACAAUAUGUUAAAGAUAAUGAUAGUAAUGAAUUAUUAUUAGCUAAUUGUUUAACUGCUGCAGCCUUUUUAACUUACUGUGGUGCCACCAACAUUGAUACUAGAAAAAGAAUGGGAGAAUUCUCAAUGCAAGUUUGUGAACAUCAUGGAUUACCAUUACAUAAACAGUUAUUAUUUAAAAAUAUAGAAUUGAUAGAUUUCUUAUAUACUCCUCUGGAUGAGAUGGAACUCAAGAUAAUGCAGUUACCAACAACUCAACUGAUGUUAGAGAAUUCAUGUUUCUUGAUGCAAGAAGAGACGACUACAGCUUGGCCAUUAAUCUGUGAUCCUACUAGUAGAGUUAUAGAGUGGUUAAAACUUAGAUUUCAAUCAAAAGGUCUAGUGGAAGUCAAAUAUCAUGCAUUAAGAUCACAAGAACUUAGAUCACAGCUAGAUAAUUGUCUAUCUGAAGGUAUUCCACUGUUAGUCACAGAUUGUGAUGUAGUAGCAUUAAAAACAGAUAAAAGAUUCCAUGAUACUAUACAGAACUGUCGACAAUUUACUAGUGGUAAAACCAGAUUUAAAGUCAUUGUUGAAGAUCAUGAAGUAGAAUGUGAACCAGGCUUUAGAUUAUAUUUACAUACAACAGUAGAACCACAUGUUGUACCACAGAAACUAGCAGCUUAUACAUCAGUAUUAUACUAUCAACAAUCACGAUAUUGUGUUGAAGAGGAAUUACUGGAUACCUUUAUGAAACACGAAAAAUCACGAUUAGAAAAUGAAAGAAUUCAGCUUAGACAGGAGAAAUUUGAGAAUAUGAAGUUGUUAGAUAGAUUAGAAAAACAGAUGAAAGAUUUAUUAUCAUCAGAUAUUGUUUUAUUAAAAGAUUUACAAUCAACUAAACGUCUGGCUGAUUUUAAAAAACAAUUUGAUGAAACUCUGGAAAGUCAAUAUCGUAUAGAUAUCAGUGUGGAGUCUAUUAGGAAGGCUAGAGAAGGAUUUAGAAGUAUAGCACAGAGAGCUGCUGUCUGUUUUGAUACCACACAGUACAUGAGAGAAAUCAACCCUUUGUAUCAGAUAUCAUUUAAACAAUAUCUUUCAUUGUAUGAAGGUGCCAUUAGUCAUUCAGAAAGGUCUGCUAUAAAAGCUGUAAUAGAGAAGAUCACAAGUAGCUCAUUUUUCUCUACAGCUAGAGGUUUACUAGAGAAAGAUAGACAGAUAUAUGCGCUACUAUUAGCUAUUGAGGUUGAAGAAUCACACGGUCAUGUGGGACCAGGUGAAAGAGAAUUUAUUAUUUCACCUAAUUUUGGGUCAGUUGUGAUGUCAGCCUUUACUGCAGGUCAUAGUGUAGAUAGUAAAGUAUUACAAGCUAAAAAACCAUUUGAUUGGAUGACAGAUGACCAAUUCCAUAAUCUACAAGUCUUGGCAUCACAUUUUGAUUGGUUUCAAGAAAUGUUUGACAGAAUGCCUAAAGAUGGUCGUGAAACACAGUGGCGUAAUCUAUGUGAAAGUGAUAAUCCUGAAACUGUACCAUUACCCGAUAAAAUGGAUGAAUUUUUUAAACCUAUCCAGAGAUUAUGUAUAAUACGUGCUAUAAGGAGUGAUAGAUUAUUACAAGCCUCUACUUUAUUCAUACAGAAUGUUCUGGGCAAGAAAUUCUUUGGUGAAAUACCACUAGACCUGCCUAGUUUAUUGAGACAGAGUAGUACCAGUAUACCUAUUAUAUUGUUGUUUAGUUUUGAGGGUGAUCUAGCUAGUAAACUGUUUACUGAUUUCGCUAAUCGUAAACAAGCUAAAUCUAUUGUCAUCAACCUAACUGACUAUUCACCAGCUACUGAUAAAUAUGUUAAAAAACAAAUACAGAAAGCAAUGGCUGAGGGCUCCUGGAUUCUGCUACAUAAUGCUCACAAUGCUGGUGGAUUAUUGCUGAUUAUAGAACAGUUAUUAAGUGAAGGCAGUCAACAAUGUGAUCAACAGUUUAGAUUGUGGAUAUCAUCUCAAACAACACCUCAAAUUAUACCCAAUAGAUUAUUACAACAAUCUGUUAAAACAGUUAUAGAUACACCCAAGACAAUGAGAGAUAGUUUAGUUCGAUCAUUUGCAUCGUUAGAUUAUGAUGUAUUAAAACAGGGUAAUAGAGCUGAGUGGCCUAUUAUAUUACAUAAUCUAUGUUACCUACAUGCUACUAUACAGUUACGAGCUAGAUUUGGUCAAGGUGGAUGGAAUUGUCCACAAGAUUUCAAACAAAUUGGUUUUAUUGAACUCCAGGAAGGACUAAGGUUUACUGCUAGUGAAUUUAAAGAUCCUAUAGUCUCAGUUGGAGCAGACGGUUCCAAUGUUACCAGAUCUACCUCUUGGACUGGUGCUAGAUACAUCUUAUCAGAGGUUCUAUAUGGUAGUCAUAUAACAGACAGCUAUGAUCAACAAAGUCUAUGUGCUAUUGUGGACUACUGGCUGUCACCACAGGCUAUCAAGAAAGAUUUUGAAGUUGCCAGAUUGAAGUAUCGUGUACCAUCAGCAUUCUUUAAUACCAAUGUCAGAUUGAACACUUUGAUACAGGCUUUAGAUGGUAUUAAUCAUCAUUAUUUAGAUGUACCUGAAGCAUGUCAUCUUCAUCCUAAUGUAGAGACUCUACUAGGAGAUGAUCAGUACAUCUUUACAAGAUUAAAUAAAAUAUUUGAUGCAAUGCCAUCUUCACCUACUUUAACUCAUAAAUUAUUCCCUAGACCACCAACACCUUUUAAAGGACCACCAUUAGCUGGAAUUAGUUCUCAAAGUAAUAAUCCGUCUGUGGUGGGACAGGGAGUAUUUGCUACAGCAAGUUAUGCUACGUUUAAAAUGAGGAAGGAUGUGGAAUUAUGGGAAAUAUGUCAUACCAUGUUAUCCAAGGUUCCAAAAGCUUAUACCAAGGAGUUUAUUAAUGACAAAUUAAAGAAGAUAGGAGGUUUUACACCUUUUAAUAACUUCAUUGUUAGAGAGUUAGAAACUAUGUAUAAAUUAUUGACAGAAAUUAAGGGAUCUAUGCAGGCGAUCAAACUGGCAACUGAGACAAACAUACUGGGUGAUCAAGUCUCAAACCAUAUAUUAUCUGUAGCAGACGACUUGUACCAUUUCCGUAUUCCCCAAAUAUGGUGUGACAUGUCUGGUGUGUCUGCUCCACCAUUGACCUGGGGUUUAGGACAAUGGUUGACAGAAUUACAGAAUAGAUGUUAUCAUUUUGAGAAAAUAUUAACUUUGGGUAGAGAAAAGAUGCCAGCAUAUUGGUUAGGAGCCUUCUUUAAUCCUAGAGGUUUACUCAGUCUAUUAAAACAAGAAUAUACCAAACAAUUCUCUGGUGAAAGAUCUGGAAAUUUUGAACAAUUCACAUUUCAAACAGAGGUUACUUCUAGAGAUAAAGAUCACUUACGUGAUCCUCCCCACGAAGGAAUGUUUAUUUAUGGUAUAUAUAUGUGGGGCUGUGCCUGGGAGAAAACAACCGGAGAACUACAAGAUGCUCCACCACGUACUAGCUGUGCUACCUUACCAGUUGUUCAUCUGACAUGUUUACCGGUUACUGAAAAACAUGGUGCUCAAGACUCUACUAAAUCUUAUGAAACCUACCAAUGUCCGGUAUAUAAUUCGCGUAUAGCCUCUAGAGAUCCUGUGAUGGAAAUGGAUGUCAGACGUGAGGGAGUAGCAGCCUCACGCUGGGCUUUACGUGGAUUAUCUGCCACCAUACGACCAUAUUAGAUAUUGAGCUGAUAUAUUGUUGAUAAUUAAGUUAUAUUUUUAAUUGUUUCAAGUUGUGAUAUUUUAUUUAUUGUUUUUCCUGACCGAGUUUUCUUAUUUAUAAUUCAUACAGUGAAUUACAGAAUUAACUAAAACAAAAAAAAAAUUCUAUUUUUUCAUAAAAAAAAAGCUUAUAUUACGUGUGGCGUUUGUAAUUGAAAAAAUAUCUUACUUGCCAAAUGGAACUUUUUUUCAAUUAAACAGAACUUAAAGAAAUUCGGACAAAUUUUAUCUCACAAAACAUUCAGUAAUAAGUAAUUAUUUAGCAUUUAGUAAUUCUUCCUAAUUCAGAAAUGAGCAAUUAUUCAGAAAAAAGUAAUUAUUCAGAAAAAAGUAGUUAUUCAGAAAUAAGUAAUUAUUCAGAAAUGAAAAAUUAUUCAAAAAUUAGUAAAAUAUUACAGAAAUAGUAUUCAGAUUCAAAUUUGACUAGUUCCUCAUGGUAAUUAUUAAGACACACCUACUUCUUCAUAAGUUUGAUGAAAAGUUAUUUUUAUUCUUAAAAAUGCCAGGGAAAUUUCCAGCGUUCUAGCCAAUACAUUUUGUUAUAAAUCAGUAUUUAAGCCAAAAUCUUAUGUUAUAAAUCAGCAUUCCAUCCAAAGAACUAUAAAAUCAGCAUUCCGUCCGAAUCAAUUUCGUCAAAAUGUACCUUCGGAUCCAUAUAUCUUUGUAUUAUUUUUUACAAUAUUUCAUACCAUUACCAUAGUUUAUUAUUAUUGUUGUUUUUCAUGUCAUUCUGUAUUAAUAUUAAACUGAUGUGUUAUAU